GGUCACACCAAGAUCAAUGCCUUCAACUGGGCUAAGGUUCGAAAGCUGAGCUUCAAGAGGAAACGUUUUCUUAUCAAACUACGGCCUGAUGUGAAUAGUUCGUUCCAGGACACCCUGGAAUUCCUUAUGGCCAGUCGAGAUUUUUGCAAGUCUUUCUGGAAGAUAUGUGUGGAGCAUCAUGCCUUUUUCAGGCUUUUUGAAGAACCUAAACCAAAGCCUAAGCCCGUUCUUUUUUCUAGAGGUUCAUCAUUUAGGUUCAGUGGUCGCACUCAGAAGCAAGUUCUUGACUAUGUUAAAGAAGGAGGGCACAAAAAAGUGCAGUUUGAAAGGAAACACAGCAAGAUUCAUUCCAUCAGAAAUCUGACUGCACGGCCUUCAGAAGAGCAUACAGAGGUGCCAAAACAAGUCAGUGAUAGCUCUGGCUUUGCCUAUGGAGAUGACAAUGAUGCAGCUGCAGUGCAGAGCUGCCGGCAAGGAAAAGAUUUAAAAGCUUCAGCAGAAGACUCUGGACAGCACAAGAGCCCUUCCUUGAAGAAGAGCCCAAAGGAAGGCAGAAAGGUGGAUGGAGCAGUGGUGUCAACAGUGGAGGAAGAAGAGGAGGCUGCUAAGGACAGGAUGCAGCAGAACAGACCUCAAUCACAGCAACCAAGCACAGGUUCUCUGACUGGCAGCCCUCACCUUUCAGAGCUUUCCAUCAAUUCCCAAGGAGGACCAUCAGUGGCAAAUAUGUCUUUAUCUCCAAACCUGAGCCCUGAUGCCAAGCAGUCGUCUCCCUUGAUCAGCCCUUUGCUGAAUGACCCAUCAUGCAUCAGGACUGAUGAUGAAGAAGAGGUCAAAAGAAAGAGAUUCCCAACUGAGAAGGCUUACUUCAUUGCUAAAGAAGUAGCAACCACAGAACGAACAUACCUGAAGGACCUUGAAGUCAUCACAUCGUGGUUUCAGAGUGCAGUGAGUAAAGAGGAUUUCAUGCCAGAAACACUGAAAACUCUCAUUUUCUCCAACUUUGAACCUUUGCACAAAUUUCACACUGGUUUUCUCAAGGAAAUUGAGCAGAGACUUGCUCUGUGGGAAGGCCGCUCUAACGCUCACAUUAAAGGAGAUUACCAAAGAAUCGGAGAUGUUAUGCUAAAGAACAUUCAGAGUCUGAAGCAACUGACAAUUCACCUGCGGAAGCACGAUGAGAUUUUAAUCGAGUUGGAGAAUGGGAUCAAGAACUCGCGCAAGCUGGAGACCUUUUGCAGGGAUUUUGAGCUACAGAAAGUCUGCUACUUGCCUCUCAAUACCUUCCUUCUCAGACCUUUACACAGGCUUAUGCACUACAAGCAGAUCAUGGAGAGGCUUUGCAAGUACUACCCACCAAGCCACGUAGACUUCAGGGAUUCAAGAGCUGCUUUGGCUGAGAUUUCUGAAGUGGUGGCUCAGCUCCAUGGCAAUAUGAUAAAGAUGGAGAACUUCCAGAAGCUGCAUGAACUCAAGAAAGACUUGAUAGGCAUAGACAAUCUGGCGAUCCCAGGAAGGGAGUUCAUCAGACUGGGCAGUCUUAGUAAGUUGUCUGGAAAAGGUUUACAGCAACGGAUGUUCUUUCUGUUUAACGACAUCUUGUUGUACACAAGUAGAGGCCUGACAGCGUCGAAUCAGUUUAAAGUCCACGGGCAUCUUCCACUGUAUGGCAUGACAAUAGAAGAAAGUGAAGAGGAAUGGGGGGUUCCUCAUUGUCUAACACUACGAGGUCAACACCAGUCCAUCGUCAUUGCUGCAAGUACCCGUGCUGAAAUGGACAAAUGGACUGAAGAUAUUCAGAUGGCAAUAGACCUGGCAGAGAAAAGCAGUGACCCUGCCCCAGAGUUACUGGCCAGCAGCCCGCCUGACAACAAGUCUCCUGACGAAACUACUGUAGACCAGGAAUCUGAGGACGACCUCAGUGCAUCCCGCACCUCACUCGAACGUCAGUCACCACACCGUGGCAACACUACGGUGCACGUCUGCUGGCACAGAAAUACCAGUGUUUCAAUGAUCGACUUUAGUAUUGCUGUGGAGAACCAGCUGUCUGGAAACCUCCUCAGAAAAUUCAAGAACAGCAAUGGGUGGCAGAAGCUUUGGGUGGUGUUCACCAACUUCUGUAUGUUCUUCUAUAAAUCGCACCAGGACAAUCAUCCUUUAGCCAGCCUUCCUUUAUUGGGAUAUUCACUCACCAUUCCUUCUGAAUCCGAAAACAUUCACAAAGAUUAUGUGUUCAAGUUACAUUUCAAAUCCCACGUGUACUACUUCAGGGCUGAAAGCGAAUACACUUUUGAAAGAUGGAUGGAAGUGAUCCGAAGUGCCACCACCUCUGCCUCACGCACUCGAGCUCUGAGUCACAAAGAGCCUCACGCCUAUUGACGGCUGAACAAGCCGCCGUGUUGAUUGUCCAGCAGCUGCUGAUUUUCUAGAGGACAUUUGAAACUCUUUUCUCCCUCCAAGUUUAGUAAAACUUACAAUUUGGUAAAAGAAAAUAAAAUUAAAGAAACAUCAGUAUGGUUUUGCAGAAACUUUCACGAUUCCUCAGCAAAACUGUUUGAGUUCUCCGUACAUUCAAACUAGCUUACCAUCAUCCCAGUGGCUGCGGUUCGUUUCAUGUCUUGUAUUUUGUCAUCCUGUGCUGUUUUUAGCUUGUGCCAGUAUUAAAAUAUUGUCCUUAAUAGCGUGCCAAAUGCCAAAAGACAUUUUGUUGCCUCAAAGAUUGCACCUAUAUAAAAGAAAAGACUUCACAAUCUGAAAACUUUCUCCUCUGAGGCAAACACUAUUUCUUCUCUUUUCAUAAAAAUAUAUUAUUUUUUUUUACCAUGUUAAUCUGUAGACUGCUGGAUUUUUAAAUGUAGAUGGACUCUCACAGUAUAGAAUAUAAUUAUAUAUACAGCAAGCAGUCUAACAGGAAUGAGAUAACUUUCAGAUUUUGGUUGUUUUUUUCCCAGUCUUUCUACAUUUAAUCAGCAAGGAAUUACUAAUUUUCUAUCUUUAACAAGGAAACAGUUUACAGCUCGCUCUCAUUUCCCUGUGGGGUUACAAAUCCGUGUGGUAUGAAUAAAGUAUAGGAUUCUUAUCUAACCGUUUUCUUGGUGCAAGUUGACCAAAUUGUUCAUCUGUUGGCUUUGAAAAGUGAAUACUACUUGCAAGAUGAAAAACUCUUAAAAUAAUCCAGUGCAAUAUUAUUUGGGCUGUUAAUGUACUGUGAAUGGUAUGUACAAGAAGAAAUUAAAGGCUGUGGUGAC